GGAGCCGCUUUAUCGAGAGCCGAAGUGGAAAUUUCCCCCUCAGUUGCCGGCUCCGCCGUGGAGGAGACGCCAGCGAGAGCCGCCCGCCCUUGUCCGCCCCGUGCCGCGUCCCGCCCGCCGCCAUGUCCAACUACAUCCACGUCCCGCCCGGCUCCCCGGAGGUGCCCAAGCUGGACAUCACUGUCAGCGAGCGGGAGGCGCCCGGCUACCGCCAGGGCGCCCUGCAGCUCCUGCGCCGCCUGCGGCCCCACUGGAGACCCGAGGAGGUGACGCUGCAGCUGUUCACCGAUGGAAUCACCAAUAAAUUAAUUGGCUGCUACGUGGGUGACAUAACAGAUGAUGUUGUUCUAGUUAGGAUCUAUGGAAAUAAGACCGAGCUUUUAGUAGAUCGAGAUGAGGAAGUGAAGAGUUUCCGUGUGUUGCAGGCCCAUGGCUGUGCACCUCAACUAUACUGUACUUUCAAUAAUGGCCUGUGCUACGAGUUCAUGCAGGGAGAAGCACUGGAUCCAGAGCAUGUAUGCAAUCCAGAUAUUUUCAGACUCAUUGCCAGACAGCUUGCUAAAAUCCAUACUAUUCAUGCACACAAUGGAUGGAUCCCUAAAUCUAAUCUGUGGCUGAAGAUGGGGAAAUACUUCUCUCUUAUACCCACAGAAUUUGCAGAUGAGGAAGUAAAUAAAAGGUUUUUACGUGACAUUCCAAGUCCUCAAGUUCUUCAGGAAGAGAUGGCCUGGAUGAAGGAAAGACUGUCAAAUUUAGGAUCACCAGUGGUACUUUGUCACAAUGACCUGUUGUGUAAAAAUAUUAUUUACAACAAGAAACGAGGUGAUGUGCAGUUCAUAGACUAUGAGUACUCUGGAUACAACUACCUGGCUUAUGACAUUGGGAAUCACUUCAAUGAAUUUGCAGGAGUAAAUGAGGUAGACUACAGCCUUUAUCCUAACAGAAAAUUACAGGAACAAUGGCUGAGAUCUUACCUUGAGGCCUACAAAGAAUAUAAAGGAUUUGGCACAGAAGUCAGUGAAAAAGAAGUUGAAGUUCUAUAUGUCCAAGUCAAUCAGUUUGCACUGGCUUCCCACUUCUUUUGGGGACUGUGGGCUCUAAUUCAAGCUAAAUAUUCCACCAUUGACUUCGAUUUUCUAGGGUAUGCAAUUGUUCGGUUUAACCAGUAUUUCAAAAUGAAGCUGGAGGUCAUGACACUAACUCUUCCUGAGUAAUGAAGAGGAAGAAACUUACCAAGUGGAUAGACAACGCCUGAAUCUUUUCUGAGAACAGAUACUGGAAAAAAGCUAAAUAUUUGUUGAAGUUCUGUAAUGCUCACUUGGUGGUUCUUGCUUUAUAAAUAAUGCCUCUAAACAGUCCUUCAAUGUUAAAUUUAAUAUAAAGAUCAUACGUACUGCUGUUGAUAUAAAACGGAUUAGAAACUUGCUAAAUCUAUAAAAAGUUGUAGAAAUGGCAAUUUAAUCCUUCUCUGUAAUUUAACAUAUGUUGUAUGUGAAUUAUUUAUUACAAGUUUAACAUGAUUCCAUUGCUGCUUUCAUCAUUUUUGUAAAAGUUGGGUGCAGACAGUGAAGUUGUUCCAAAGGAUUUGUUUAAACAACUUAUUUUAUUGCAGUUGCAUUAACUUAUAUUAAAGAAAACAUGGUCAGAGAAUAUUAAUGUUUUAGAUGUAUACAAGCAAAAUGAGUGAUAAUAGACUUGAGAGAUCACCGCUGUGGUGUAACCAGGGAAAAAGAUUAAGACGAUCUUUAUUUUUUUCCCUCUUUUU